AUUCUGCACAUCAAAUAAAACCCAUACGGAAAUACGGCUUUCUCAUUGGUUUAACAUGGCGCGAAAAAAUAUUUAAAUUAUUAUUAUUACUAUUAUCAAUUAAAUUAAAUUAUUACUUUGUUCUGUUGAAGCAGGUUCACAUUCAAGCUUAUUUGCUUAUAGGAUGAGUUGCAAUUUUGUAACCUUUAUUGUCUAUUUAACCUUGUAAAAUUGAUGCUGUUUCAAUCAAAAACUUUUAUUAUUUUUAUUUUUUAUGUAUAAUUUGUACAUAUGAAUUGUAUAGUUAAUAUUAUUAUUAUUUAUAAUUUAUAAAUCAUAUAUUUAUUAAAUAAUAAACUAUCUAUUUUUAGUAACUCAGUUUAUGGAAUUUUGUAGAAACCCCUAGGUUCUGUUGUAAAUAUCUAAUAUGUGAUAACAAAUUACAUGAUUAGGGUGGUAAUAAGUGACAUGGUGUAUUUUCUUCAUAGUUUUUGUACAAUACGUUGUGUAAUUGACUAAUUGAGUAUUCCAUAAAUUAAUUUAAAAAUGAAUCUUUCUAUAAAUUGUGAUGAUUUGCCUUCCUCUUUUAAAAAUAUUAUUGUAAAAAAUUGCUCAAUAACUAUUGUUCGGUCGAAUUUAAAUGAUAUGCACGAUAUAGGAAAGUGGGUAGCAGAAUUUUCUACAAAGACUAAUACUAGGUGGAAUGUACGAACAACAGUUCCUAAUGGAAAAUAUAUUCAAUGCAAAAAAAAUUAUAUUUGUCACCAUAGUUCUCACCAUAAAGUGGACAGAACAUUAAACAAAAAAGGUCAAUCAAAGAAUACUGAUUGUAAAGCAUCUAUUAAAAUUGUUGUGAAAGUAGACACUGUAUCUACUAGAAAAAGUGAUCCAUUUGUAAAGAAUAACUACUUAGGUAUGAUUACUAUCUCAAAUACUCAUAAUCAUAAUAUUAAUACUGCUGAAGCGCUACGUUAUUUGAAUCCAGAUAUACAUUUAAGAAAAACUUUUGAAGAGUAUUUUUAUGAUGGGAUGACAAUAUCAGAUGCAUUACGAUAUCAUGAGAGUAUUUUAACAAUGUCAAAUACACCUAUUGAAGAUUUUGCGAAUGGUAGAAUCAAUCCAACAUAUCGAUGCGUACAAAAUUGGCAUGAUCAGUGGAGAGUACUUAACCUAGGACCCCGUACUGGUCAAGGAGUAAUUAUGGUAAUAAAAUAUUUAUGUUUAAUUAUUUACAUUAAGAAUUUAUUCUAUAUAUAUAUUAUUAUCAUUGAUGUGUUUUGUGAUUAGU